AUGACAAGUCUCAUGCAGUUUGAGCCUACUGCCAUGGAUAUUGAUCGAGACGAAUCACCAUCUGUCAAGAGCGACACGAGCCACGUCUCGUUCACGAACGACUGCGAGAGCCUGCCCGCGAGUGGUCCAGUCAGCCAUGCGCACAUCAUCAAUAUUGGCGAGUAUACUAGCUGCAUUAAAGAGGAAGGAGCUAUUAAGCUUCAAGAUGCGGUCGUCACCACGCUCUUCAAUGUGUCACCAGAUACACUCAUGUCCUUCCUCAGCCCAACGGUGAACACCUUUAAGGCUAUCUUCGGAAAAGGCGAUACACAGCUUGUAGUCUGGCGCAAGGGCUUAGAAGUCUUUAUCGGAACGUUCGAGCACCAUAAAUCUAUGAAGAAGUACCGCUUUGAGCAAGUUGCAGGCUUCCUCAUUGGCUACGACGGAUCCUGGCAGUUCAAGGUUACGGCUAGCAAUGCAUACUCCAACUCCAAGUGGGCUGACGUCUGGGCUGGAAGGUUUGAGUGCUUCGGCGGGGUUGCAAGGAUGGCCGUUGAGUUUGAAGAACUUGAUAUGGCAAAGCGAUCGUCGAUGCUGGCUGAGUCAAUUCUCAACAACAGAUACUGGGAGCUAAAGGCUGAUAUCAAGGCCGCUUGA